AUGGAUUACCUAAGCAGACUACUUAGAUCCUUGAAGAACCAGCCAGACUUUAACUAUCACCCAAGAUGUGAGAAGUUACAAAUUAUUAAGCUAGAAUUUGCUGAUGAUUUGUUGCUAUUCUGCAGAGGAGAUGAAGUAUCCAUUCAGAUGCUAUACAACUGCUUCCAGGAGUUUUCAAAGAUGUCAGGACUGAAGGCAAACACAAGCAAGAGCUCUAUAUACUUUGGAGGUGUGAACACAGCUGUACAACAAAACAUCAUGGAGAAGUUGGGGUUUCCAAAAGGAGAAUUGCCUAUAAAAUAUAUGGGAGUCCCAUUAAGCACAAAAAGAAUGUCAAUCAUACAAUUUCAACCACUGUUAGACAAGAUGCUUGCCAUAUGCAAACUACUAUGGAACCUUGCUCAAAAGAAGGACAAACUUUGGGUGCAGUGGAUUCAUACUUACUAUGGGAAAGGCAAAGCUGUAAACUGUAUAGAAGCUAAUCAAGCUUCAUGGCUAGUAAAGAAGAUACUGAAUGCUAAGCACUACAUGAUAGAAGCAGGGAUCAAUUUGGAAGAAAUACUUGAGAAGAAGUGCCUAACAAUCAACAGCAUAUACAAGAUGUUAAGGAAGGAUCACCAGAAGGUUCAGUGGAGAAAGCUGGUAUGCAAUAAUGGAGGAAUGCCAAAGUGGAACUUUAUACUGUACAUGGCUUUACUGGGCAAACUGAGUACCAGGGACAGGCUAGCAAGAUGGGGAGUAAUAAAUGAAACACUAUGUCCUAUGUGCAAAGUGGAAGAGGAAAGCAUGGAGCACCUGUUCUUCAAAUGUUCAUUUACAGCAGGAAUAUGGAGCAAAAUACUACGGUGGAUAGGAAUCAACAGGCAACCGAUGGAAUGGAGUCAAGAAGUAGACUGGGCAUGCAGCAAUGCUAAGAGCAGAUCAGCAAACUCUUAA